UUCAGAGCGAGGUGAGAUUGUACUUGCACCCCUUAUCCUUUAUCACAGUGUUAUCCUAGCGUUAUUCGAUAGUCCUUCUAAUAGCCAUGCGGGCAGGACAUCGUGAGUAUAACAUGAACCCAAGGGUGAGCAGAUAGCAGAUACACAAAAGUAAUCCAGGGCCCCUGAGAUGGCAAGGGAUGAGGUUGUUCCAUUCGUCACGCGCGUUACUGUCUGUGAUCGAACCUGUCGAGCAAUAGGUAUGGCAUGACCACAUGGGGAUAUGGCUUCACAAAGAUGUCGGUCAUAAACGGGCCUAGAUAGAUACAGUGAGCCCAAGAGGUGUCCUUCGCCCUUUUCGGUCUCGCUAGAGAGAGGGGAAUAGGUUCAUGCGGUAUGAGCGAUCAAAGAACAUUCUGCAUAUUCUUGGUCCGGGUCCAGGGCGCAACAGCGGGCACGUGGCCAGUAUACUGGCAUAUUGCGAGCCCGACGGAAAUGGAAGUGAAAUUCAAAAAUGCGUUCUGCAAUGACGUAGGCAACGAUGAGAUUGAUUUGGCAUCAACGGGGAGGACCAGACUAAUUAGCACUUGUAAUCCUCGGGAUUUUUAAAGUUGUAGUUGUAUCGAGUGAAGAUCCAUCUGCACACACACUGGCGCGUCCUACUGCACGUUGUCAACCCCGAGCGGCAUAGACUUUCAUCAGAGAUGGGGAUUAAUGCAGAUCAUGACUAUCUGUGGCCAUAGGACUCGGAAAGCGCCGUAUCCCGUCUGAUCUGCGAAGCUAAGCCGAGUACCGCCCAGUUAGUACUGUGGUAGGGGACUAUGUAGGAACCUUGGGUGCUACAGUUCUUUCAUUAGUUUUUUUUUUCCCCUUGACUCUCUACCACUUCUUUCUUUCCAAACCACGAGCACCUAACGAACAGCCAAAAAAACAGAGCGUUCUCCGCUUGUAUUUCACUAGAAUGUGUCGAAACGCCCUUCGAGACCACACUUGCUCAGCUAUAUCGUG